GCAGUCCCGGACAGUGCUUCGGACCUCUAAUCCAGAAACCAGCGACAAUCUCCGGGGGAAUCUUCACAAAGCAUUUUGAAAAAGCUUUCACGGCUCGAACCGGACAGAAGCAUCAUGUUGAGUAAAGAUCUUCCAGAUAUUGAGAGCAUCCUGGCUCUGAAUCCCAGAGUGAAGACUCAUGCCCAGAUUAUGUCGACGGCAAGCAAGAAGAAAGAAAAGAAACACUGGAAGAGAAACCCUGAGAAGAACUGUGAUUCCUGCGUGAAGUUAGAGAACAACUUUGAGGACAUCAAACAUACCACGCUGAGCGAGCGUGGAGCUCUACGAGAAGCACUGAGGUGUCUAAAAUGUGCUGAUGCUCCCUGUCAGAAGAGCUGCCCGACUAACCUGGAUAUCAAGUCAUUUAUUACAAGUAUCUCUAAUAAGAACUACUAUGGAGCAGCGCGGGUGAUCCUAUCUGACAACCCCCUGGGUCUGACCUGUGGAAUGGUUUGUCCCACAUCAGAGCUGUGUGUUGGGGGCUGCAACCUGUAUGCCUCUGAGGAAGGACCCAUUAACAUUGGAGGGUUACAGCAGUUUGCUACUGAGGUAUUCAGUAAGAUGGGCAUCCCACAAAUCAGGAAUCCUGAGCUCCCACCAGCCAAUGAGAUGCCAGAGUCUUACCAUGCCCCGAUUGCUUUGAUUGGCUGUGGACCCGCAUCAAUCAGCUGUGCUUCCUUCCUGGCCCGACUUGGAUAUGAUAAUAUCACCGUAUUCGAGAAACAGAAGUACACCGGAGGGCUAAGCACAUCAGAAAUCCCACAGUUCCGGCUUCCCUUUGAGGUUGUCCAGUUUGAAAUAAACUUGAUGAAGGACCUGGGAGUCAAGGUGGUUUGUGAAAAGGGUCUAGGCAUUAAUGGAAUGUCUCUGACGUCUCUGAAACAAGAGGGAUACAAGGCAGUCUUCAUGGGGAUUGGUCUCCCUCAGGCCAACAGAGCUAAAACCUUCCAGGGUUUAACCAUGGAUCAAGGCUUCUUCACUUCCAAAGACUUUCUACCCAUGGUGGCCUCAGCCAGCAAGAAGGGUAUGUGUCAGUGUCGCAGUUCCCUGCCAGAGUUAAGAGGAGUGGUGAUAGUUUUGGGAGCUGGAGACACUGCUUUCGACUGUGCCACCUCUGCUCUCCGCUGUGGAGCCAGGAGAGUCUUCGUCUGCUUCAGGAAGGGCUUCACCAACAUCAGGGCUGUUCCUGAAGAGAUGGAGUUGGCUAAAGAAGAGCAGUGCGAGUUCUUGCCCUUCCUGUCCCCUCGUGAGGUCAUCAUGAAGAACGGACGCGUUGCCGGGUUACAGUUCUGUCGCACCGAGCAGAAUGAGGAAGGUGACUGGCUGGAAGAUGAGGACCAAAUUGUCAGGUUGAAAGCCGAUUACAUCAUCAGUGCUUUUGGUUCCAUGCUCAGCAACCCACAAGUGAUUGAGGCCAUGGCUCCUGUAAAGCUGACGCGCUGGGGUACUCCAGAGAUUAACACAGACACCAUGCAGACCAGUGAGCCCUGGGUGUUUGCAGGAGGAGACAUCGCUGGAUUGGCAAACACCUCAGUGGAAUCAGUGAAUGACGGCAAACAGGCCUCAUGGCAUAUUCACACAUACAUGCAGUCCCUGUAUGGACAUAAAGUGGACAAAGUUCCCAAGCUGCCGUUGUUCUACAGUGCUAUAGACCAGGUGGACAUCAGUGUCGAGGUUUGUGGAAUUAAGUUUCCCAACCCAUUCGGUUUGGCCUCUGCUCCUCCCACCACCAGCACAGCCAUGAUCAGAAGAGCUUUUGAACAAGGAUGGGGCUUCGCUCUGACCAAGACGUUCGGACUGGAUAAGGACCUGGUGACCAACGUGUCUCCUCGUAUCGUGCGUGGCACCACCUCCGGUCACGUGUUCGGACCAGGUCAGGGCUCCUUCCUCAACAUUGAGCUCAUCAGUGAGAAAACAGCAGUCUACUGGUGUCAGUCCGUUGCAGAGCUGAAGAAGGACUUCCCCAACAAUGUGGUGAUCUCUAGCAUAAUGUGUAGCUUCAACAAGGAGGACUGGACAGAACUGGCCACGAUGGCUGAGAAAUCAGGAGCAGAUGCAUUGGAACUGAACCUGUCCUGUCCUCACGGGAUGGGAGAGAGAGGCAUGGGACUGGCCUGUGGACAGGACCCAGAGUUGGUGCGAAACAUCUGUCGUUGGGUGCGUGCCGCCGUUUCCAUUCCAUUCUUUGCCAAACUGACACCGAAUGUUACCAACAUUGUCGACAUCGCCACGGCUGCACAAGAAGGUGGAGCAGAUGGGGUAACAGCCACCAACACAGUCUCAGGCAUGAUGGGACUGAAGGCCGACGGCUCGCCCUGGCCAGGUGUCGGAGCGGGCAAACGUACCACAUAUGGAGGGGUGUCCGGUAACGCCAUCAGACCCAUCGCUCUCAGAGCAGUAUCGGCCAUCGGCAGAGCACUUCCUGGUUUCCCCAUUCUAGCCACCGGUGGUAUCGACUCGGCAGAGUCUGGACUGCAGUUUCUUCACGCCGGCGCCUCAGUGUUACAGGUGUGCAGUGCAGUUCAGAACCAGGACUUCACAGUGAUUGAGGAUUACUGUACAGGUCUGAAGACCUUGUUGUACCUGAAGAGCUUGGAGCUGCAGAACUGGGACGGUCAGUCUCCUCCAACAGAGAGACACCAGAAGGGAAAACCAGUCCCCAGAUUGGAAGCCCUGGUUGGCCAGAGUCUCCCUAGCUUUGGUCCAUACCUCCGGCAGAGGGAAGAAGCCAUCACAAAGUACAAUAAAAGCCUCAGAGGCAGCAAUGGGACUGAUAUGAAGGAAACCAACGUCACCCAGACCAGCACGCCCAAAAAACCUGUUCCUGCCGUCAAGGAUGUGAUAGCCAGAGCGUUGCGCCACAUUGGAGCAUACCAGGAACUUAACAACAUGGAGCAGGUCCAGGCUCUGAUAGAUGAGGAGAUGUGUAUCAACUGUGGUAAAUGUUACAUGACCUGCAAUGACUCUGGAUAUCAGGCCAUAGAGUUCAACCCAGAGACCCACCUUCCCGUCGUGAACGACAGCUGUACGGGCUGCACCCUGUGCUUCAGUGUCUGUCCAAUCAUAGACUGCAUCAAGAUGGUUACCAGGACAACGCCCUAUACACCCAAGAGGGGUGUUCCCAUCAGUCCUGUCUGCUAAAGGAAACACUUAACAUUAGAAUUUACUGAAUUGAAAUGAAUGAAUUGACUGUAAUGAGCUGAAUCUAAGUCAAAUUGAAAUUGAAAUAAUCAAAUGACAGCCUUUUCUUUUAAAAUCUAUAGAAAAAGGCACAAGAGUUGUAUGUACUGAAUCAUUCCUGCUAUUAAAGGAGCCACUGUGUAUGUAACACGUCACCACUGAUAAAUCAACCACAUGAAAUUUGCAUUAUUUGUAUUAACAAUUGUAAACAUUGCAUGCCAUUUAGAUGGUGGAGAUAGUGUGUUUUUUAAUUGUAGAUUCUGAUUGUUCUUCAUCUGUAAACAUCUAAUAUUUGAUAUUCAAAGUAAAUUGAUAUUUACUGUAUGUUUAAUGUAUUAAUGUAAAAAGAAAUGCAACCUUGUUAUGGCCUGUGAUUUAAUAAAGGUUUCCUGAUGCAGCAAACCAUCUGUAUACUAGAA